AUGGACAAGGCGCCGUGCUACCUCGCCUGCCUCCUUCUCCUCGCCGUCGCCGCAGGUGUUUCAUCACAGGAUGCUCCCUGCGAAGUGGACCUCAAGGGCUUGCUUGAAGACAUGGAUCUGUCGUUUGCAGCGCAGGCAGUUGAAUUUGGCGAGAUAAAGCUGACCCAAACCGACAAGAAGACAUUGUUUGCCCCAAAGAAUGACGCCUUCCUGGCUGCAGUUGGUGUCCUGCCAGGGUUGCAGUUCACUACACUGUUGACCAACAUGGCCUUUGUUGGGGAGGUCAUUGAGUAUCACCUUGUGCCAGAAAGGCUGGUGGCCGCAGACCUGGAAAAUGACGCAGUCCUUGAAACGUUCAUUAAGGACAGGAGCAGCUGCGGCAACGACACCCUGACUGUCAAGAUAACAGACGACACAGUGUCCAUCGAGGGUGCCGUGACAACAGCCACUGUCGUUGAAGCGGACAUCGAGAUCUGUGAAAGCAUCAUCCAUAUUGUGGAUACAGUUCUGUUCCCCUGCCCUGAGAUCACUCCUAUUGACUUCGACCGCAGCCCCAAGCCGGAUGGCACAGCCGCGGCCCCAGCUGGAGAUAUGAUGGACUCAGGGACGGACGAAGAUCGUUGA